AAAUAAUUGGACGUAAUUUCUGCUGGUGCAAUUUAAUUUUCACUCGUAUCCACCAAUACGCCACUAAAGCAUUGUGAUUUUAGUUUUAGUUAUAGUUAAAAUAUAAAACAAUGAACAAGAAAUGCCUUUUUGUAGCAUUUCUAGUUAAUUUUAGUGUAAUUUGUGCCUAUACGCCAGUAGUGAUAGUUCAUGGUAUACUGACCGGAGCAGAUAGUAUGCUGGUGAUAGUGGAGGAAAUCGAACGGCAUCAUCCAGGAACGAAAGUGUACAACACGGAUAGAUUCGCUGGCUGGUCCAGUUUAGAGAACGCCUGGCAUCAAGUAUUCGAGUUCAAUACUGACCUUCAAGCCAUUUGUAAAGAUAAUCCGCAAGGAGUUAUAUUACUCGGCUAUUCUCAAGGCGGUCUUCUGGCACGGGCGGUAAUGCAGAUUAAUCCCAACCACUGUGUGAGAAAGUUUAUUUCACUUAGCUCGCCCCAAGCCGGUCAAUUUGGAACUGAUUUCCUACAUCUAAUCUUUCCUUCGCUGGUAGCGAAAACAGCUUAUCAACUAUUUUACACGUACGUAGGCCAGCAUACCUCGGUGGGAAACUAUUGGAAUGAUCCACACCACCAGGAUCUGUUCGAACAGUUUAGCAUAUUUCUACCGUAUGUUAACAACGAACUACCGUCGACAAACUCGACACAGUUCCGCGACGCACUGCUGAAGCUUGAACAGCUGGUCCUGAUUGGUGGACCGGACGACGGGGUCAUCACACCAUGGGAAUCUAGUCAUUUUGGUUACUAUAACGGCACCGGAGAUGUGAUACCUUGCCGGGAAAGGGAUAUUUAUGUACAGGAUCUUAUUGGACUGAAAACACUGGACGAGAGUGGACGGCUGAAACUGGUAACGCUUCCGGGCGUGCAUCACUUCGAUUGGCAUUUGAAGGCCGCAGUGAUAGACAAGGUUAUUCUGCCGUACCUUGAUUGAAAGGUACCGGGUACAGUUAAUGCCAUUUGAAGUAACUUGAUGUUGGUGGUAACUUGAUGGUGAUGUUUUUUAUGACUUUAGGUAACAAUUAUAAAUUUAUGCAUCUCUAAGCGCAAAGUUUUUAUGUUUUUGUGCCACUGAAAGCCACUAAAUGCAAAUAAAGUUUAA